UAACAGUUGGGUUAGUAGCACAAAAAGUAACCUUAGCAUCCGUGACUUUGAUGUAAUUAGCUGACUCAUAUUGGCUAAUACGCGAAAAGGUAACUUAAAGAAGUUAACAAUAGCUAACCACAAUGAAGAAAUUUAGAGUAUUGUAAACAUAAUUGCUGCUAAAAGUUAUCUAUGGUUGGAGUCUUAUAACUUGCUAGCCACCCCCACCCUGAGAAGCGUCAAAAAAAGUCAAGUGGCUACAGCUAACGCGAGGCUAGGCAAACUUGGCUAACCGCAUCCGUUUUCAGGCUUCGGCUUAUCACGCUGCUUAUCUGUCAUAAAUAUGCUGUUUGUGAAUUAGCGGUGCUGUCAAAUUCAGUGUGUACACUCGACAGCCAAAGCUGUAUCGUUAGUUUGGCGGCAAACUGCAUAUAAAAAGCAAGAUAAUGUCAGCUAGCUAGCUAAAGCGGGCGGCGUUAGCUUUAGCAAAACAAGAGCUGUGCUUUGGGAGUCAGCUGACAGCCUGCUGUAAGCUGCCAAAAGACCAUCAGACCAGUGAUGGAUCAACUGAAAGUGAAGGAUCGCAUAUUGGAAAACAUCUCACUGUCUGUUAAAAAGUUGCAGAGUUACUUUGCGGCCUGUGAAGAUGAGACUCCAGCAAUCCGAAAUCACGACCGGGUCCUUCAGCGUCUCUGUGAACACCUUGACCAUGCUCUGCUGUAUGGCUUACAGGACAUCUCCUCAGGCUACUGGGUCCUGGUCCUUCACUUCACCAGGAGAGAGGCUGUCCGGCAGAUAGAUGAGCUUCAGCACAUUGCUACCAACCUUGGGCGAAGCCGUGCGUGGUUGUACCUGGCACUGAGUGAGAGCUCUUUAGAAAGCUAUCUACGCCUCUUCCAGGAGAACCAAGGAUUACUGCAAAAGUAUUAUUUCAAGAAUGCACUGGUCUGCAGUCAUGACCACCUCACGCUCUUCCUCACGCUGGUUUCCGGCCUGGAGUUCAUUCGCUUUGAUCUGGAGCUGGAUGCGCCCUAUCUGGAUGUGGCCCCCUACAUGCCAGAAUACUACAAACCCCAGAACCUGCUGGACUUUGAGGAAAGGCUUCCCAGCUCAGACAGUUUGUCCCUGCACUCCUUCACCUCCCUCACCUCUACCAACCUGGAGUGGGAUGACAGUGCCAUAGCUCCCUCCAGUGAAGAUUAUGAUUUCGGUGACAUCUUCCCUGUGUUGCAGUCAUUGCCAAGUGCAGACUGGGAAGAGGGGGACCUGACAGACCAGGCCAGCUGCCCGAGAUCCAGCGGCUCUGAUCCCCAGACAGUCAUCAGCGACACAGUGGUCCUUUCUACUGGCACUGUCAAGGUGAAGGUAGCAGCUCAUCUUUCCCCACACAGCCCCACGUUCAGACACAACCCCUUCAAUGAGGACUCAGAUACUAACACUACCAACACCUCAGCCGACGUCACGCCAGUUCAUGUGCCCGGCCGCCACAACGGCGCAGCCGCUGGAGAUGACACGGAGAGCACCAGCAAUGAGCUGGAGGUCAUCAGGAUGGCAAGACGAAAGAAACCAGCCAAGAAGCGUCGAGGGAAGGGCUCCACAGAUUCUAGCAGCAGCAUCCAUAACUCUAUUUCCUCUGAGCACAUGGAUAUGGACAAUAACCUUGUGGCCUCGGAGGAUGUGGAGUCAUUAAACGGCACUGUAAUUCAGCAGGAUGAUGAGGCAGAGCUGACGAGAAGCAGGGUGGGAUCAGAGGCUGUGGAGGAAGGAGAUGAAGAAGGAGUAGGAGGUCUCCUACGGCUCCCAGAGAUGACUGACACCUCCAUGGACACAGUGGGCCAGCCCCUCCGUGAUGUAAUAGAUCGGCUCAACGGGGCUCUGGAUAGAGAGGAGGCCUGGGAGCGCAGAGAGGAUGGCGAAGAGAAAAGCAGUGAAGGCUGUAACCAGGGCCCCGAGCCCCCCGCGCAGCAGCCCUUUCGAGAGGAUUCGGAGGGCGAGCCACCUGACCCAGCUCCAGGAGAGACGUCCAACUCUCUUCUGGCCACAAGCCACAGCUUCCUGCAGGCCUCUCCUGCACCCACAGACUUAUGCUGCUUUACCCCCAACAGUGCAGACACUUCUCCCACGGGUGGUGGCCACUAUGACUCUACAGAGCAUAGCCAGUCACAGACUCUUUCAGGUGGCCUUGAAGAUAAAGGAGCGGCAGAAGCGUCAGCAGGACAGGAGCCCGAGAUGAAGACCGAGGAGGAAGGCACAGAAGCAGCAGAAGAAACUAACAAGAAUGUGUUUACUGAGGAAGCAGAGAAUUCUCAUCCUGCAGAGUUUAAGGUGGACAACAAUCACUUGCUUCUUCUCAUGAUUCAUGUAUUCAGAGAGAAUGAGGAGCAGCUGUACAAGAUGGUGAGAAUGAGCACAGGACACAUGGAGGGGGACCUGCAGCCCCUUUACCUGCUGCUGACUGACUGUUACAUAUACCUGCUUAGAAAGGGUGCAGCAGAGAAGCCCUACACAGUAGAAGAUGCUGUUUCCUAUAAUGAAUUGGACUAUCUUUCAGUGGGCCUCGACCAACAGACAGUGACUGUGGUUUGCACCAAUAGACGAAGGAAAUUUCUGUUGGACACAGCUGAUGCGUCUCUGACUCUGUGGUUUUUGUCUGUUCUCAAGUCAGCCAUGGUGAAGGGUUGUCGUGAGCCUCCGUACCCCUCUGUACUGACUGAUGCUACCAUGGAAAAACUGGCUCUCACUAAGUUUAUCUCCCAGGAAUCUCACUGUGAGGUAUAUGAAGUGUCUAUACAAUUGUAUUCACUGGUCCACUGGGAGGAUCCUAUGGACAUGACUUUGUCACCCCAGGGUGGAGUAUCAAUCCCUGGACUACCGUCCAGCACCAAGGAAGGGACUCUGCAGUACCGGGCUGGAACCACCUACCUGGGCAAAGAGCUGUGGAAAAGCUGCUACCUCGUCCUCAGUAAGGGGAUUCUGUACUUGUAUGCAGAAAGAACUGAUGUGACGCCUCUGCUGUCAGUCACUAUGGGAGGAGAACACUGUGGAGGCUGCCGUCGCUCUAACAGCACAGAGCGUCCCCACGCCUUCCAAGUCAUCCUUACAGAGCGACCACCAUUGGAGCUCAGCGCCAAUAAUGAGCAGGACAUGGCUGACUGGAUGCAGCUGCUCUGCCAGUCCGUCUCUAAAGGGGUCAUUCCUCAGGGCGUGGCCCCCACUCCAUGUAUCCCAUGUUGCCUGGUGAUGACAGACAGGAAGCUGCUUACUUGCCAUCAGGACUGUCAAACCAGCUUCUUCCGUUCGCUUGGCAGCGCUGAUAUAUGUGAUGUCACUGCGGUCAGUGUGGAGGCUGACAAGGAGUACUGUGUCAUUGAGUUUGCAGCAGAUCGGACUCAGUUCAUUCCUCCCUGGGUGUUGUACUUCAGCGGCUGUGAAGAGAGAGAUCGUCUGCUGCAGGUGUUAGACAACACAUGGAAGGCCAUUUUCCAGGUUGACCUUCCCCACAAAGAAGUGUUGGAUCCGUCCACGCAGAAGCGUUGUGGUGAGGCCCUCGCCCUGAUGAAUAGUGCCUGGCAGAGGGCAGACAGUCUGGCCCGAGGCAGGGCCCAGCGUGAACCCUGGUGCUGACAGACACACACAUGCACGCAUACACUUAUCUGUGGGUUGCCACUGAAACAGACGGUUAAACAGUCCGAUAUAGUUCCAGGACAGAUUGAUUUAACUCUGUUAUACAGUCUUAGUCACUGUAAAGUGAGUUCUAAAUAGAAAAUCAGACGUGGUUAUUAUUGGUUGUUGCACUGCAGCGUAAGCUUGUGAUGUACCUCCGAUUCGCUGAUGACAUGUUUCUAUCAGAGAAACGUCCUGCAUAAGUAGCAAUGCAUUUGGCACAUCAUGUUGCAGUGAUGCAACAGCAAGACGCUCUCACUUCAAAUAAAAUGUAAUGACGGAAUAUUAACAGAAUGAUACAAAAGCUUUUAAUUCAUCCUAGUGAUACAUCGUCGCCAUUAUUCCUUUAUCAGCAGUUACGAAUUGCCACCAAUGCAAAACAAACAAACUGAAUCAAGGAAAAGACAGAUGAUAAAGGAAGAAAGCUCUGUAGCUGGGAUUGUAAGCAAAACCUCUUACUGGAAAGCAUGAAAUUAAAUUAAAGACAUUUUUGUUUUUAGAGUAAAUGAUUAUGGAUAAUUAUAGAAGGCACAAACAGUAGUUGUGUCAUUGGGAAGACUUUGAAACAAUCUACAAUACAUUGUGAAUUCAAAUAUGUCCUGCUGAAUUGAGUUUGAGCAUGUGGUCUUCAGAAAUGUUAGAAGUCAAGCUUUGGCUUUGAUAUGUAGACAGGACUGAAAAUUAUGAAACGUAUUUCCGUACAUCAAGGAAGCUGAGUGUGGAGGAAGACAAGGAUCCAUAACCAGCAGCUUCCAUGCACAGCAAAAUAAGUGGAUUAUUAAUGUUUUCGGUAAAAAGAAAAUCUGUUAUAUAUGUCAAGAAAGCCAUAUAUAUGAAGGGGGCAGUUGGAAAAGUUCACUCCUUGCCUUGCACACAUACAAGUAACGCUCUCUGAUCACUCCUUGCUUUGUAACCCUAAACUAUAGUACAUUUCUAGAGCAAAUGUACAGCGCUGUACAGUAUCAACGCAUAAUCACUGACAGUUGUGUGUGUGUCUGAGUUUUGGUUUGUAUAAUGGCACAUACCUCUGCACACUGAAUUCUUGUCACAUUGUACAUUAGUUUGAGAGAAUGAGACUCUCAAUAUGAAGAAUAUCCAGAUAUAUUUAACAGUUGCACUGUUACAUGCUCAUGCCCGUGUCGUCUAUCUGAGAUCUUGCUUUAUCACUUAAAGCGCUGUCACUCAGAUUAAAAAAAAAAAAAAAAAAAACCUAUCAGGAAAUGCAACAGACAGACUUGCCUUUUAUCUCCAUUCUGUAGACGCGAGUGGAGGCUUCCAUGCAGACUUGCACAUUUUGCUGUUUUUUUUUAUGGUACCAGCUGUGGUUUUGUGUUAAUAUCGUAACGUGCUUUUAUAUUUCCAUUGUAGAGAAAGUGGGAACAAUUGUUACCAAAUUAUUCAAUAGAGUGGAGACAUUUUGUGUCAGCAUUGACUUCUGUAUAUGCAUUAGCAGACGUGUGCGUCCCCUUAAGUGUGGGCAAGUAUCUAGAAAGAUUUACAUUCAGUGUGAAGAAUCAGUUAUUGAGAGCUACAAGUUGUUUUGGCUUGUCAUUUUUAUUUUGCACCAGUGGUUGGUGGCACCGCUCUACACUGCACUGGGCCACACCACUAAGUUAAAACAUCCUUUCUGCACUAGUCUUUUAUUGGUGGAAGUAUAAUGAAAAAUCAGCAGUGCGCACAACCCCAAAAAUCUCAGAUAAUGUAGUGCACAGUCGUAAUGGUGCACAGUUGUGGCGAGAAUCAAAAAACAAGCAGGACACUGACGUUCACAGAAAAUUUCACUUAUUUAACAGCUAUUUUCAGCGUGAUGAAACAAGCAGAAAUGGUAUUUAAUAUAUCAGGCGGUUCAUUCUUUCUCAGAUGGGUCCUAUCAUUCAAUUAUGUAUUUUCUAUCCUGAUUGUUGUUUGAACUUCACCUGUUUCUAUAAUUUGCCAUUCCUGCUUGUUUAAUCAUGCCGACGAUGGCUCAUUAGCAGUUCAUUUUUACCUAUAUUAAAUAAGUGCUGGUGUUGUGCUUGUUUUUUUGUGGUGAAGCAACAUCUUUGAGGGGUAUAGAAUAAGGCUUUACACAGCCUUUCAAUUUAAAGCAAGUAUACCACCCUUUAUUAGCAGAUUAAUGCUUCUAAAUAAUAUUGAAUCUUUACUUGGAAAAAAAAUUAAGAAUUAUAAAACCCUAAACUGAGCCUUAUUUUUUAGUUAUCCAACAAAUAACAGUCAGUAGAUUGUAGCGCAUGUGUUUAAAUCUGUCCUUAACAUUAACACUGAUAAGAGUGCUGCUGCUCUGUCAAUGACGGUGCUCUCAGUACAUGGCUGAGAUCGGCGUGAGAUUUCCUUUGCAAAGACAAUGUUGCCUUUUUGACAACCAGGACUGAGCUGGACAGAAUGGCCAAUUUGUUUAAACUAAAUGAAGCACUAAUUUUUAUUUUUAUGUGGUUGCCUAAUUUGGCUGAGUGCGUCGGAACGCUUAAACAAUCAUUUUAUUUUAUGUUGCAGUAUAAGUCAAAAAUGUGUGCUGUGUGUAGAGCUGGGUAUCCAACCUUGAUACUCUCUAAAUACAGGCAUUAUGACAUCUGCAUUAAAUGUUGGCACAGAAUGUUUGUUUUUGAUUAGGUAUUGCUGUUACAAAUGCAACAACAAAAAUUGUGAUUACAUCCAAGUAUUAUACUGAAAAAUAGAACUAGAGAUAUAAAACUCUGGUAUUGAAUAGACACUAUAAACCUUUAAAUGACACCCAGCCCUACACAUAUGUCACCUACGUAUGUUUGUUCCAGUUGUCGUUCUCAGUCACAUUGUAUUACCUUUAUGUCAGCAUUAAUCAGUGCUUUAAGCCUUUCUAAGUGCCACUUGGUCUCAUUCAUCUUCUGCUCUUUUACAAAGAAAUCUAAUCUCAGGUGAAAAAAAGGUACGUCACAUCCAAAAACCUUAACACUCACCGUGUCGUUUUUUUUUUGUUUUUUUAUCGCUGCUGUUUUGUCUAAUUCUAUAUUUUUUAAAUUCCUUUUUUUUCUAUUUUGGUCCAAUGCAGCAUUAUGAAGUUAUUUUGCGCACACAGAGAAAAGGCUGCAAAGUAAUAUUACAUGUUGGAAAAGGUUUAAUGUAGAAGUUCUUUAAUAAUUCAGUAGGUUCCAAAAUAGGACUGGCUGUUUGUGUCGUACGAAUAGUCUCCUCCAGCGCGUAACCUAAAGACUUGUUGACCAGGGAGAGUACACUUGCAAUAGUUGGACUUACUUGAAAUGUUUGUUGGAUUAUCAGCUGUGUAGAGUUGAGGCCUGUGAAGUGUAUAUAAAGAAAAACUUUUGAGCAGUGUUUUAAAUGUGGGACAUUGCUGGCCAAUGAUGGAUGACAUCUUCUAAGUGAUGCAUUGUGAAAAAGCGCUUUUUGAUUUCUGUUCAUAAAUGUAUACUGCAUGUAAUAUUUGUAUGAUGUUUAGCAGUUUUAUUGAAUUGUAAAUAGAGCACUAAUCAAAUAUAACAUACUGUACACUCACACGUAGACGAGCAUGUCCAGAGGGGUUUUUUGAAUGUAUAAAUAAACCUUUUGCGAUUGGACGGUGUAACUGAAUAAACUGAAAUGAAACCUUG